UUGGCUUUUGUCAGCCACUAAGCCCUCUCAUCGCCACACCAGCUAUAUAAACACAGCUGCUCUCCUGCUCCCUUUCCCUUCCCCCCUUCCGUUCCGUUCCGAUUUGACGAGUUGGUGGCUGCUAUAGAUUCACUCCACCCCUCUCCAUUUCUGAUAAGUAUCCAGCUAGCUACCAGUGUAUGCACCAGGCAGCAGCAGCAUGGCGGAGUGCAAGGACGACGACAGCGGCCGGCGGUCUCCGUCGUCGUCCAUGGACAGCAGCACCCACCCCCCGGCGCUCUCCACCGCGUCCUCGGCCUCCCGCCGCCCGCCGGAGAGGAGGGACCAGCUCAGCCCCGACCUGCAGCUAGGGCUCAGCCUGUCGCCGGCGUCCUCCGCCCUCCUGGUAGCGGAGACAAACAACAGCAUCGUCCCUUCUACGCCAAGGAACCAAGCACUCCCGGAUUGGCCCCCGAUCAAACCGUUCCUUAGAAGCGCCCUGACUGCCUCGGCACGCCGACGGCGAACGCUGUUCGUCAAGGUGUACAUGGAAGGCGUCCCGAUCGGCCGGAAGCUGGACAUGCUCUUGCUGGACGGGUACAGCAGCCUCCUAGCGAAACUUUGCCACAUGUUCAAGGCAUCUAUCACUUAUGCUGACGCUGUGGAGUACCAUCAGCGGGUUCCUCACGAGAAGGCCGCGCAUGUUCUCACCUAUGAAGACCAUGAUGGAGACUGGAUGAUGGUUGGGGAUGUACCGUGGGAGCUCUUUCUCGGAAGCGUAAAGAAGCUGAGGAUUGCGAGAACCGACAGGUGCUAGAUAGCAAACUUUUUCAUGCGGUGGAUCGACUCUGUUUCUUCUUCUUUUUUUAAUAUAUAUUAGGUUCAUUAGGAAAGAUUUUGCUGAACAGAGUGGAGUCGUGAUGCUGAGGCUAUACUAACCGUGUACAGUGUACUGAAGAAACGCCAGCCUUGCUACCAUCCCUGCAAAAUUAAAUUUUGGUAUUUUAUGUUUCCUUUCCUGUUUCUUUGACUGCCUUGUAAAUACCAUGGUUAUUUGUUAAAGAACAAGCAAUUUGCAUGGAAAAUAUUAUAGUUCCAAGGUACA